AUGAAUUUAAUAGACGAAUUAAAUAUCUAUUAUUAUAUAUUACAAGUAAUAAAACAUCAACAGGAUGAUUCAGCUGAGGCGGCGAGAAUCGAAAGGAAGAGACGACAGCGACUGGCCAAAGAAGAAUUCCUCAAGAAACAAAUGGAACAAGAUGAAGAAGAUGUAUGUGAUGUGAGUCCUGGCGAUCUGAUAGUGGCUGAAUUAGUGCAUGAAACGGAGAAGUCAGGGUUGAUAGUUAAAAGAAAGUCCCCGGAUCCAAGGGGAGAUGAGAAACGUUCUAAACAAAUAUAA